GGUGUGGACACUCUCAGCACCAGAGAGAGAGGAGGAGAUGGCGAGGCCCACUGACGAAUGCGAGACAGCAGAGGGAAAGCCGACCGCUCUCUCGCUCUCUCUGGUUUCCCCUCGUGUGAAAUAAGGCUGCAAGGGUUACGGUUUUUCUUUUCGAAAGAAAACUUUCAAUUGCAGUGGUCUUUUUUCUUUUAAAAAAAAAAGGAAUCGGAUAAGAGCGGAAAGGACGAGCACGUAAAGACCACGAGCCACAAGAAGCCUGGGUUCCUGGAGCGUCUCGGGGAGACGUCGGGAGGGAUGCUGGGCGGAUUACUUCUCUUCCUGUUCUCCUUCUAUGUCCUCUUCUCUAAUGAGGGCCGAACUCUCAAGACACAGAAAUCCCUGGACGAGGGCCUUUCUCUGGUGGUGCCGCUGAAUGACUUCUACUCCAUUCAACCUCAGCACGAGGGGAAACUAGUGCACUUGUCAGGAUAUCUUGCAACCCUGCAGGCACUUCAUGACCCAAACUAUGGGAUCUCCAUCUUUGCAGUCAGACUCCAGCGACGAGCUGAAAUGUACCAGUGGGUGGAGUAUGAAGACACAAGGGAGUACGAGGAAGAUGGUGAAAAGAAGAAAGAAACCAAGUAUUCGUACAGUACAGAGUGGAGAUCGGAUGUUGUCAACAGCAGGAACUUUGAUCGUGAAAUUGGCCACCAGAAUCCAAGCUCAAUGGGCGUGGAAUCGUUCACUGCUGUGGCUCCCGUUGUUAAGGUGCAGGAAUUUUCUCUUUCUAGAGGUCUUACGGACAAGAUCAUGAAUUUUAAGAGGAUAAGACUCACUAGGUUUGUGGGGCCUCACAUGGAUAUAAUGGUACAAGAUGAUUACUUUUACCAGAGUAACAAUCCCAAGUACCCAGAGGUUGGUGACCUUCGAGUUGCUUUCUAUUAUGCCGGGCUGAGUGGUGAGAGCUCCUUCUUAGGACAACCUGAUCUGGUCACCAUUGUGGCUCAACAGGAGGGAGAUCGUCUGGUUCCUUACAAGACGCAAUCUGGGGACAUCCUUGAACUCUUGUACGAGGAACAACUCUCAGCAAAGGAAGUGUUUGAAAAAGAGCACGCAGCAAAUACUGUGCUGACCUGGAGCCUGCGAUUCGGGGGGUGGCUCCUCAUGUUUGUGGGCAUCAACCUCAUGACCAAAAUCUUCCACACAUUGGUUGACUGGUUUCCAAUUGUCCGAGACUUGGUUGAUCUUGGCCUGACUGUUUUUGCCGUAUGCGUUGCCACGACACUGACCCUUCUGACCAUUGCUGCAGGUUGGCUUUUCUAUCGGCCGUUCAUGGCCGUGCUGAUAGCCGCCUUGGCUGCUUUACCCAUCUUUCUUGCUAAAUCCCAGGAUCGACCCAAGAUGCUCUAAGUGGAUGCUGACAUUUUCCAGCUUGUGGCAAUCAAAUACUAUCCCAGUAAAUCUGCUCUAUUGGUCACGUUUCGUUCAGACACUUCACACGCCGAAUGUAAACUAGGAGUUGAUUGACCACACUCCACUGUUGCUAAAGCCGUGAGAUCGAAGUUAUUAAUAUCUGGUGUUCACACUAUUACUUCUGAAUCUAUGUCAGUGGGACCAGAAGGUGGAGACCUACUCGAUUCUGUCAUAGGGAGGGCUUCAUAAGUGACUCACAGUAUCAAAUGGAAGGCAAAUGUACUCAAGACUAAAACAAUUAAUAACUGUAAAGAAAGUAAUGAAGGAAGGUCUCUGCAACAUAAAGAUGAUUGUAACAUACUGCAUCUAUGGUUUUUGCUUCAACAUGUAAUGGUGUUAUUUUUCCUCAUGUAAGAUGGUAACACUAUCAACGUACUGUAUGUGCAAAUCAUUGACUGCUCACAUUGCUGAGAAAUAAAAAGCAUUUUUGUAAGUUUUUUUAAAAAAA